AUGGCUCUUUUUCAGAUCUUCGUGAACGGAGAGCGUUUCGCAUCGUUCGCUCAUCGUCAAGACCCCAACGACAUCAGUGGUCUUCAGAUUCAAGGUGAUAUCGAGCUGACUGGCAUCCAGAUCCAGUAA